AUGGCACCAACAGCAUCCACAACAACUAAAACCUCUUCUAAAGGAUAUAAAUUUGGUGAAAGAGGAAGUCAUCAUAUAGUUCUUGGAGGAGAUGGCACCCAUCCAUAUAGUUAUCCAAAAUUUACUACUAAACAAGAAGAACGUAAAUUUAUUCUUGAACAUACUGCAUGUACAUUUCGAGUAUUUGCAUCACGAGGAUAUUCCGAAGGAGAAGCAGGACAUUGUUCAGUAAGAGAUCCAAUUGAUAAAGAUACUUUUUGGAUAAAUCCAUUAGGUUUACAUUUUGCUUUAAUUAGAGCUGAAGAUUUAGUUCAUGUUGACGAAUCAGGUAAUAUAUUACCUGAUGGAAAUCAAGCACCUAUAAAUGCUGCAGGUUUUGCUAUUCAUAGUUCAUUGCAUAAAGCAAGACCAGAUGUAAAUGCAGCUUGUCAUACACAUUCAAUCUAUGGUAGAGCUUAUAGUUCAUUUGGUAAACCUUUGGAAAUGAUUAAUCAAGAUGCCUGUAUUUUUUAUAAUAACCAAGCAGUUUAUAAAAAUUUUGGUGGUGUUGCUUUAGAAAAAGAUGAAGGUAAAGCAAUUGCUGAAGCUGCUGGUGAUGCAAGAGCAGUGAUUUUACAAAAUCAUGGCUUAUUAACUAUGGGUAAAACUAUUGAUGAAGCAGCUUAUUUGUUUACUUUAAUGGAAAAUACUUGUCAUGCUCAAUUGUUGGCUGAUGCUGCUGAAUCUAAAGAUAAACCAAUACAAAUAAUCCCUGAUGAUGAAGCUGAGUAUAGUGCUUAUGUUACUAAUGAUCCUGAUACUUUAUAUGCUAGUUUUCAACCAGAGUAUAUGUUGCAAGAAAGAUUAACCAAAGGUGACUUUAAAUUCCAAGAUUGA